CACAAAAACUUUUCUCUCAUUUUCUGUUUGAAUUCUCAUUUUUACUUCGCUCACUUAUAAUAUUUUCUAAUGAAAUGUCACCUCCAAACAACAAUGACAAUAACAUAGCUACCCAACAGCAGCAGGAGGGAGUCUGUACGUGGGACGCACAUUCCCGAGUGCCUUGUCUGCUCGCCGCCAGCCAAAGGUCGCGCUCAACGGAAGUGCUCCAAUAAUGGCCCAUCAGAACGGUUCUCAACAUGCACUUCGGGAAACAAUAACAGCAUUAUCAGCAGCAACGCAGCAUCAUUCACAAGCUACAGUUUCUAUAUCCAACACAGUUAGCAACAGCAGGGAGACAAUAUACAAUACCCAGUUCUGGACUGCUGCUGGGUCGCCAUUGUCGCUACAGCCGCAGCCAGAUUUUGCUCACCCUGCGAGCCCCGGUUCUGGCUCUGUUGAUUGUGGCCAAAUGUAUCGAGCGAAUCAGCAGAUGUGCAGUCGAAAAAUCAAUGCGCAGCAAGUAUACGCGCCUUUGAUGGGCGCAAAUGGUGAAUGCGCGAGUGGCGACAGAGCCGUGGAUGCCAUGCAUUAUUCUUCACCUCUUGCUUCUCCAGAAACAAUAUCAGCACACAUAUUAACACAAAAAUGCCAGCAGAAAGCACACAGGCAGCGGCAGGAUUUAUUGCGCAUUUUCAGUACCAGUUUCAGCCAGAAUGGCCGACGACAACACACACAAGAUUUUGUGGGCACUAGCCGAGUCGCACUUUCGACAGGCCCAACAGCGGGUGCACGCAGCAGCGGCUGCAAUGGUAAACUGCAAAACGCGCAUGAUUCCGACGACUGGCAGAGCAGCGUAGUAGCCGGGGUGUCCUGUCUAUACAGCGUUCUUCGGUUGUGCUCGUCGUCCCGAGGACCAUCCAAGUCUGGCUCUCCAGCGAUGAUGCUUGGACCCGAUGUCGAGGCCAAAACGCGGUUGCGGAUAGCACAGGCGCUGGGCCAGUGGUGCAGCGAAUCGAGCGGCAACCAGGAGCAGGGGGAAGAGGACAACGAGGAGGAGGCUCAGCUGGUGCGGGCGAUCAUGGUGGUCCCCAAGGCCGAUGCAUAUGUCGACACAAGGUACGCCAUUAUUGCUACGCACUGCCGUCUAUUCUUGCGUCGCGGCGAGCACAGGUGGGCAGAGCAGAAGCUCAAGUCUGCGGCUGUUGACGCCCAACAGAGAUCACUAUAUCACUGGGUGCACUACUUUGCACUCGAGCUAGCGCACCUAUAUGUGGCUAGCAACAACGUCCGCAGUGCGCUUGAGGUUCUGCAGCAGUCGCUCAAGCAGGCACAACAGGGGAGCGAUAGGGCCAGCGAAGCCGUGGUUGGCGUGCAGCUGCUCGGGCUACUCAUACAGGAGCGCAGCUGGGCAGACGCAUUUGCCUUGGCCAAAGACCUUGCCGCACCAAUGUUUGAUUCCGCUCUGGUCGCAUUGCCGCAGGUGAGGGCUCGGUUUUGGUCACUGCAGGCGGCUGGCAGUGCUAUGUUGGGUCACCACCAGGGGGCGCAAGAGGCCUGCGACAGCGCACGCCAGUGCCUGAAGGAAUGGCAGGCGCUGUUUGCCAAGGCGCUGACCAAAAAGUGCGUUUCCGACGGAGGAUCUUCAUUUGUUAUCUCGGGCACUCGCUAUGGCUCUGUUCUGCGUGUCCGCGGAUGGAGCUACUACGAGGCGCACGCGUGGGUGAUGCUAGUGUCAGCGCACGCAACGCGCGGCGACAACGCACACGAGAAGCGACCGGGUUCCUGCGCCUCGCGUUGGAGGGCAUUAAGCGGGGAGAGACCGACGGGUUUAGCUACCAAUUGAAGACAACCAAGCUUCUUGUACUGUUGCAUGUUGUCGACAAGGCGCUGGUGACUUUGCAGCUUUCUGAGGCCAAGUUGGCGCUGGACCA